GAUGCGGUGACUGAGGAAGGGGAGGUGGCGGCCUGUGGCGCUUGGGUUGCGGUCCCCAAUUGCGACGAGGCGAUUCCCGAGGCCGGUCGGCGACCCGAGCCCGGUGAGACUCGACGACGUCGAUCCUGGUAUAUUUUGACCGAAGAUUCCCUGCAAAGGAUGGAAGGCCUGCUGUGAUCAGAAUUGUCAUCCUCUCUGCUUUUUGCCCACCUUCGGAGGGAUUUAAACUGUCCUCUUUCUGCCAAGAUUGCCUUGGAAAGUUUCGUCAUCACCUUGCGCACCUCACAGCCUGACUGCACGCUUAGUAUGCAGAUAGCACCUCUUCACUAAUGAGAGGGAGAAUGGGGACCCAGGGCAGCCCGGUCAAGAGCUAUGAUUAUCUGCUCAAGUUCUUGCUGGUGGGAGACAGCGACGUGGGCAAGGGAGAAAUCCUAGAGAGCCUUCAAGACGGAGCGUCGGAAUCACCCUACGCCUACAGCAACGGGAUUGACUAUAAGACCACCACGAUCCUCUUGGACGGCAGGAGAGUCAAGCUGGAGCUCUGGGACACGUCUGGCCAAGGGAGGUUCUGCACCAUUUUUCGGUCCUACUCCAGAGGAGCUCAGGGAAUUCUCUUGGUAUACGACAUCACCAAUCGCUGGUCCUUUGAUGGCAUAGAUCGAUGGAUCAAGGAGAUCGAUGAGCAUGCCCCGGGCGUGCCUCGCAUCUUGGUGGGCAACCGACUUCACCUGGCCUUCAAACGGCAGGUCCCAACAGAGCAGGCCCGGUCCUACGCGGAGAAAAACUGCAUGACUUUCUUCGAGGUCAGCCCCUUGUGCAACUUCAACGUGAUCGAGUCCUUUACGGAGCUGUCUCGCAUUGUGCUGAUGAGGCACGGCAUGGAGAAGAUCUGGAGGCCCAACAGAGUGUUCAGCUUGCAGGACCUCUGCUGCCGCGCCAUCGUCUCCUGCACGCCUGUCCACCUGAUUGACAAGCUGCCCCUUCCUGUCACCAUCAAGAGCCACCUGAAGUCCUUCUCCAUGGCUAACGGCAUGAACGCCGUCAUGAUGCACGGCCGCUCAUACUCCUUAGCCAGCAGCGGGGGCGGGAGCAGCAGCAAAGGAAACAGCCUCAAGCGCUCCAAGUCGAUCCGCCCGCCCCAAAGCCCGCCGCAGAACUGCUCGCGUAACAACUGUAAGAUCUCCUAGCGAGCUGGGGGGCACACCUCCCUCUGAACGCGCAUCGAGUGUGGACGUUUACAUCCGGGGCUUUGUUUCGGCCAAAUGGUUUCCCAGCGUGGCUCUGGUGACAGUGCGUACGGGGCUGGCAAAGAGCUGGCGCCCUGGCCUUCAGCCGGCCGGAUCCCACGUCGCAGUGAAGGCAAGGCUGUGUCAGGCCACCCUUUCCCAGAAUGCAGUCGGUCUUCCCUGGCCCAACUUGGGGGAAUGACCGAGUUGGAGUGUGUGUAUGGGGGAGGGACGGUUCUUCUUCAGACUUGGGGGAGGGUGGGGGGGGGAUAAGGCAUGACUUUGUGCUGCAACUUUAACCCUUGGGCUCCUGGAUGGGAUUGCUGGGGCUGCAGCCAACGCUGAAGCAGACCAAGCAGCCAUGACCUGAAAAUCCAACCUGACGGAGUCCCAUCUUUAUCCAAUGGACUGUGACUGGCUGGAAGUCUGCAGAAUCCAGGCCGCUGGAGAUUUUCACCUAUUUAUAGAACAAUCAUAUAUCUCACUACUGUUUUUUAAAGGGAACUUCUUUUUUCCUUUCCUUUUUUUUUUAAAGAAGAGGGAGGCCGUCGGGGCAGAUUUUUACGCAGCCGUGUAAAUAGAAGCACUAAAUUUUGAAUCCCGGGGCUCACCGAAGGGGGUGCCAGCAGAGGUCAAAGUGUAGAAUAAUCCAGCAUCCUGAGAACUAUUUAGGAGGGACAGGGUUAGUCCUGAGAUCCUUGGCUCAACAUUAUUAUUCCAUAUGUGAAGGGAAGGAGGGAUUUGCACCUGUCGUCCUCCAACUUCGAUUUCCCAGACGUUUGUGGUAACGGGCGCCAUUGGUUAGCCUUGGAGUAGAACAGGGGUUUGAAUGAUGUUACUGGGUCAGGGCGGGAGGAGAGAGGGCCCUGGCCACAUCUGGGGCUUGUUAAUGACUGGUCAGGGGAUUGCUCUAGAGACAACUUUGCCCCCCGGAGCCUCCAGAGAAAAGGUUCAUCUGGCCCAGAUAUCUCAAAACGAGGGUCACGGCUUGGAGCAUUGCGGGGAGGUAAUGCUUGGGCCACAAAUGCUGCUUUUUAAUGGUGUGACAUAAGUACCGAGUCAGAGGAAGGGUCUAGGGCUCCCGGAAACAUAAAAAAAAUCACUCGUACCACAUGUUCCCUGGUAGAGCUUGCUUUGCGGCUCUGUGGAUCUAACCAUAUGGCUCAACUGUCCUGCUUCUGUGGCUUCAUUUGAGUCCAGGGGAGGGGACAGCUCGAAGGGACCCCUGAGAAAAAUCUAGGACUUUCUGGUUUCCACAUUAACCUUUUCAAGAGUCUCGCAAAAUCACCCAGGGAUUGUUGAAGGAAGCGGUUCCAGAGUGGUGUAAGACCCUGUUGAUUGUGUGUGAGAGAGAAUUUGGUCCUUGACCUGGGUGGACCAUCCUAGGCAAUGGAAUGAAGGGGCAUGUCAAACCCAGAACCCAGGGGGCCUCUUUCCUGUUUUGCUGGAUGCUGAGUAGAGCGUCUCCAUCUUCAGUGUCCUUGUGGUCCAAUCGGAUACUUGGGUCUGGCGGUGGCUGCUGUGCUCUUUUUCGCCUACCUUGAGCAGGUUCUCGGAGUUGCCGUUGCUUUGGACAGGCACCUGUCCUCUGGCGGGAGUUCAGAGUCACGUCCUAGUGGUUCCUUCUGCAAAGCCUGGUGGAAAAUACGCUCCAGCGUGAAGGAAAUCUAACUACAUGGGCGAGGAGCAUUAGACACUUGAUUGGUCAAUGUGUAGCCCAUGAAAGGCAUGGUGUUUGACUUGUCUUCGGAGUUCUCUGUUCUCCCACCCCACUGCCUCUUUUCUCUCCUCUCGGACCGGGCGCCUCCUCCCGCCUGGGCAAGGAUUGACUGGCUGCCACGUCGCAGAUCAGAACGGGCGGUGUGAUGCUGCCGGUCGCUCGUCGGGCAGCUGAGCGCCCGUUCCGUUUGAGCACUUUGACAGGGGUCUGGCCCGCACGGCUUGCAGCGCAGGGACCGCUCCGAGAGCGCUUGGCAUGAAAGGCGAGCCGCUGAGCCUAGCUGCUUGGCACGAGCUCAGACAAACCAGCGAGGAGAUAGGUCAAGGGCAGGGGAAAGCCUUUAGCGGCAUCUCUGCCCGGCUGCGAACAAAGCUGGAGCCAAAUCCAGGACGAGUGGUGUGGGAGCUUAGAGAUUUACGGGGCAUGUCCGCACAGGGCACCUGUUGCCGUUUGCUCAAAAUGGACCAGGAGAUGAUCGCUGACUCAACAGCCUGGCAUUUUGGGGAUGCGCGCCAAACAGGUGAUCUCCGAUCGGCCCGUCUUUCCCCCCUCAGUUUUAAAAUAGCCACGUCCCAAAACAGCUCUAGCAUGUGCAUUGUCUUCUCUGAAGAAUGACAGGGAGCCCCCAGCCCCUCUUGGCAAGAUGUAAAUCCUCUUGUAUUGUUCCUGCACUAUUUGAAUACAGCUUUGUACAUACUUGGUUGGAAGGAGGGGGCCGUUGGCGUUUUUCUUACGACAGGUUUGAGAGAUGCUGUGCAUCACGAAGCCCUGUUUGAUUUACCUGCGUUUCCUCUCCACCUAAAUACUUCUGAAUUGUAGACAUGUGCUCCCCAACCUCAGCCCCCCAAAAGCCCCUGAACAUUCCUUCCUGUUUCUUUAUUUUCAAAUUAAGGCCAAUGCGGCCGCUUGGAAUGAAAUUUUUCUGGAAUGUGUGCUAAUCGAAGCUGGACUCUCUUCUCUCUUUAUUUUGGUUAGUUUUCAACUCCAAGAAUGUGAUCUGAUACGGAACACUAGAAUGUAGCUGCUCUCAGACACUUGUACCAUUCCUCUGUUUCUAAUUCCUUUGUACAGUAAAUGUUGUUGGGUCAACUGAUACUUUUUUAUAUAAAUUAAAGAAAACCUUGUCAAAA